ACAUAUUCUGUCCUACAACCGUCAAUUGUGUUGAUUUCUGCGGCAAGUAGACUGCUAUUGCCAAUUUCCAACUCGAAUCGGCAAUUCUUCCGGAACCAUCUGAUAUCAUUCGUACCAUACAUAUCUAGUAGAAUCUACAGAAUCUACAGAAUCUGUUUUACCUAUAGCCCAGCCAGACUAUCAGCCAGACUUUCUUCAUGAGUCUUUCUUCUCCAACUGCUGCUGAUUCCAUGCGUGUUCCUCCCGCUGCUGCCAGAACAUACAAGGACGCUAUUGCUGCGCUCAACAGCCUUCAGUCGAACUUUGCUCUGAUCGAAGCUUACAGAAAGCUAGGUCCUUCAGUAGAUAGAAACCAGUUGCUGAUAGAUGAAGUCUACGAAUAUACACGCAGAUUGGGCUAUACGCCCCGGGACUUCAACAAGUUGAACAUCAUACACAUCACAGGCACCAAAGGAAAGGGACUGACUUGCGCUUUCACAGAGUCGAUCUUGAAACAGUACUUGAACACCGGGGCCUCUGGUAGCUCAGCCAACAUCACCAAGAUCGGCUUGUACACUUCACCACACUUGAAGUCUGUCCGGGAGCGGAUCAGAAUCAACGGAAGUCCCAUCAAUGAGAGCAAGUUUGCCAAAUACUUCUUUGAAGUGUGGGACAAGCUUUCGGCUACGACUUCUUCUCCAGAGAAGUUCCCUACACUCCAGCCUUCAGAAGUAGUGAAGCCCAUGUACUUCAAGUACUUGACGGUAUUGUCGUUCCAUGUAUUUCUCUCUGAAGGUGUAGACACCGCUAUUUACGAAGUAGGCGUAGGUGGACAUUACGAUUCCACUAAUAUCAUCGAGAAGCCAACUGUCACCGGGAUCUCGAGUCUAGGAAUUGAUCACACCUUCAUGCUUGGCGAUACCAUUGAGAAGAUCACUUGGAACAAGACUGGAAUAUUCAAGAAGGACGUACCUGCAGUUGUUUCCGAACAGGUAGAACAUCCUCUGUCGCUCGAUGUAGUCAAGGAACGAGCUGUUGAGCUCGGUGUGGCCAGUCUUGAAAUCGUAGACCGCAAACUUCUUCCUUCUGACACUAGGUUGGGUUUGGCUGGUGAUUUUCAGAAGCAAAACGCAGCUCUAGCUGUAAAAUUAUCUACUAUCCAUCUUCAGAAGUUGGGAUUUACGGAUUUGCCUAAGUUCAACGAAGACGGCUCUAUCGAAGAAUUGAACGAUAAAUUCAUAGCAGGAUUGGAGCAGGUCAAAUGGGAUGGAAGAUGCCAGAAGAUUCUCAACAAACCGGGCUUUGAAGGCAUCAGCUGGUACAUCGACGGAGCACAUACUUUAGAGUCAAUUAAUGUCUCCGCGCAAUGGUUCAAGAGCGAGCAGAAAAGAGCUCCUUCCACUGUAAAGAGAACAAGAAUCUUAUUGUUCAACCAGCAGAACCGUGAGAAUGCUGAUCUCUUGCUAACAAAGUUGUACGAAAACAUCUCUACUGGCGAUGCUCCUUUGCCUUUUGACCAUGUCAUUUUUACGACGAACAUCACUUGGUCUGACGGCAAGUACAACUCUGACUUAGUAUCGUUGAACACUAGCAAAGAGUUGGUGGAUUCGUUGACGAUUCAAAAGAACUUGGCUCAAACGUGGUCAGACUUGGACCAGAAACACAAACACAACGCCAGAAAACACAUCUUCCAUGAUAUUGAGACAGGAGUCAACUUCAUCAAGAGCUUGACAAAGUCGCCGGAACUUGGCGAAGUUGAUGUCUUUGUGUGUGGUUCUAUUCAUUUGGUUGGAGGUUUCUUGGUUGUACUCGAUAACGAGAAAGAUCAGUGAUGAAUACUGAUAUAUAUAGACAGAUAUAGUACAGAAUGAUAUCUUCCUUAGAGUAGAGCGGAUGAUAAUACUACCUUAGUACAUGGUAAUAAUUACUG